AUGGGGUUUUUCGACAGAAAGCAUAAGACUGCCGGUCCAGAGGUAGUGGAAGCUACCUCACCCGGCGUUCUUCAAUCUUCAGAAAAGCUCGACGAGGCGCAAAUCCGAAGCGCAUCCAUCGUGUCCAGCGAUCUGAAGCCUGUAGCUGGAAUUGAAUCCGACGGAUCCCAGAAGGAUGAAGAAGAGCAAGAAGUCGAAUAUCCCACCACUAUCAAGCUUGUCUUGAUUACCAUUGCUCUUUGCCUGACUGUAUUCUGUAUCGCUUUGGACAACACCAUCAUUGCCACUGCCAUCCCUAAGAUCACCGAUCACUUCAAGGCAAUUGACGACAUCGCUUGGUAUGGAUCUGCCUAUCUCCUCACCACAUGCUCCUUCCAGCUUUUCUUCGGCAAGCUCUACUCCUUCUUGAGCUUGAAAUGGGUUUUCCUCACAGCACUAGUCAUUUUUGAACUUGGCUCCUUCCUCUGUGGCAUCGCACCAACCUCAACAGCUCUGAUCGUCGGACGUGCCAUCGCUGGUGUUGGAUCUGCUGGUCUCUUCUCUGGAGCCAUCUUAAUCAUCGCAAACUCUGUACCUCUUCGCUCUAGACCCUCAUACACCGGUCUUAUCGGAGCCAUGUAUGGUCUUGCUAGUGUUGCUGGCCCAUUGAUGGGAGGUGCCUUCACUGAUCACUUGACAUGGCGCUGGUGCUUCUAUAUCAACCUUCCCUUCGGAGCUGUCACGAUAAUUUUCAUUUUCUUCUUCUUUAACCCUACCAAGAGCGCAAAGAAGCUUUCCGUUGGCUGGAAGAACCGCGUCAUGGACUUUGAUCCUGCUGGCACUAUCAUCUUCCUUCCCAUGAUCAUCUGUCUCCUGCUGGCGCUUCAAUGGGGUGGAAGCACAUAUCCCUGGAGCAGCGGCCGCGUCAUCGCCCUCUUCGUGGUCUUUGGCGUGCUCUGUGCGAUCUUCAUCUGCAUCCAGUUCUACGUGGGAGAGAAGGCUACAAUUCCUCCUCGCAUCAUCAAACAACGCACCGUGGCAGCAAGUGCUUGGUUCGGCGUCUCCCUUGGGGCCGCGUUCUUCCUCUUUGUCUACUACCUUCCGAUCUGCCAGUCUCCCUGCUUCCGGUUCCAAGCGAUCAAGGGUGUCUCUGCUACAAAAUCUGGCAUUAUGUCUCUACCCCUGAUUCUCGGAGUUGUCAUAUGUUCUGUUGUUGCUGGAGGUCUGGUCACCACCUUCGGCUACUACGCACCUUUCAUGAUCGCUUCCUCCGUCCUUAUGGCCAUCGGAGCUGGACUCUUGACCACUUUCAAGGUUGACACAGGGCACGCAGAGUGGAUUGGCUACCAGGCUCUUUUCGGCAUUGGCGUUGGUCUCGGCAUGCAGCAGAUCUUGAUCGCAGUGCAAACUGUGCUUCCAGCAGCAGAUAUUCCUACUGGCACAGCUAUUGUCAUGUUCUUCCAAACUCUUGGCGGCGCUCUAUUCAUCUCGGUUGGACAAAACGUCUUCACUAACAAGCUUGUGUCUGGUCUCAAGGCCGCUGUACCGGACCUGGAUCCUGCCAUCGUUCUUCAAACUGGUGCUACAGAGUUGAAGUCAGCCAUUGGCGAGCAGUAUCGUGAUGGCGUACUUCGGGCGUACAACGAUGCUUUGGCCAACUCAUAUUACGUUGCUGCCGCUCUUGCGACAUUAUCGAUCGUAGGCUCACUGGCCGUCGAGUGGAAGUCUGUAAAGGGCAAGAAGAUUGAGAUGACUGCAGCAUAA